GAUGGCGCUGUAACGAUGACUUACCAUUCAUUGGAUAAUUUUAGCGCUGAGUUUGAACGUGGUGAAUGCUACCAACGACAAGUCAGUGGGGGUGAGAAUGCCAGAGGAGAACAAAGUUAUUCCUGUGAGGGUGGCGGUGAGAUGCCGUCCCCUCAUAGAGAAAGAGCUAUCUGAAGGGUGUCAGGAAUGUCUGCAGUUCAUGCAGGACGAACCACAGCUGGUCAUCGGCAAGAACAAAGCUUUUACCUACGACUAUGUGUUCAAACCUAAGGACUCUCAAGAGCUGGUGUAUGACCAGUCAGUCAAAUCCCUUGUGAAAAAUGUGUUUAAAGGAUACAAUGGUACAGUGUUGGCAUACGGUCAGACGGGCAGUGGUAAGACAUUCACAAUGGGUGGCGGUUAUCAAGACUCCCUGAGUGGGGAUGAAUUCAUGAUGGGGGUUAUCCCCAGAGUUGUAAGGGAUCUCUUCAAGGGGAUAGAAGACAAGGAUGGAUUUCAGUUUGAUGUCCGAGUGUCGUAUUUAGAGAUAUAUAAUGAGGAAUUGAUAGAUCUUCUGACCUCAGCUGCCAAGAGAGAUCCCAUUGUGAUCAGGGAGGACACUGGAGGAGGGAUAAAGCUGCAGGGAAUGCAAGAGGUAGGGGUAAACUCCUACCUGGAGACAAUGCAGCUUCUGGAGAAUGGAUCCCGAAGUCGAACAACAGGGGCAACAGCAAUGAACAACACGUCCAGUCGUUCCCAUGCCAUCUUUACCAUUCAUAUAGAUCAGCGAAAACUAGAUGAUGACAAUGAUCUCUGUCAUGUGAAGUUUCAUCUGGUUGAUUUGGCUGGCUCAGAACGUGCCAAAAGGACCAAAGCUGAAGGGGAGCGCUUCAAAGAGGGCAUCAGUAUUAACAAAGGUUUACUCGCCUUGGGCAAUGUGAUUAGUGCUCUGGGGGAUGACACAGAGAAGAGAAACCACAUUCCAUACAGAGAUUCUAAGCUGACAAGAAUACUACAAGAUGCAUUGGGUGGGAACAGUCAUACUGUGAUGGUGGCCUGUAUCAGUCCUGCGGACUCUAACAUGGAAGAGACACUGAACACACUGAGGUAUGCGGACAGAGCCAGGAAGAUCAAGAACAAGCCCAUAGUCAACCGAGAUCCUCAGGCUGCAGAGAUCCUCAGGCUCAAACAAGUGGUUCAGCAGCUACGUUUGCAGCUGAUUGGUCAAGGUGGUGUAAUGUCAUUACCUGGUGGAGAUGAUGUGGGAGUGAACACUAGUUCAAGUACUCAGUCAGGCUCGGAAGAUUACAAAAACCUCUUGGAGAAGAAUAAAAAGCUGAUGGAAGAGAACAAUAAACUAAGUAAGGAGCUGCAGAACUCAGUAGACCAGAGCACACGCAUGUGUGAGCGAGUGAUCGCGUUAGAGGCGAGCCGCGACAAGCUCAAGUCCAGGAUUCAGGAGCUUAAACAACACUCAGGGCUUGAUUUGGAGGUUUUGAGCUCAAGUAUUGAUGGCACGUCAAACCCUGAGGCCAGACAGCAGCUGGACAAGAUCAAAACUCUCACAGAUAACCUCAAAAGUGUCGAGGAUGUAGAUACCCCAGACAGUGGUGAUGUACCCAACACUCCCCAGUCUAAUGCCAUUAGUACCCAGUAUGCCCUGCGUCAAGCCAUGCUGGGCAGGGAGUUGCAGGAACUGAAUCGACUGUUAGAGAAGAAACAAGAGCUUGCUAAGCAGAUGUCUAAUAACGAAGAUAAGAUGGAGUCAAUGAGAAUGCAGUAUGAGAACACGACUAAGUCUCUGGAAAAUGAGAUUGCCAACCUCCAGAAGGAAAAGGACGAACUUCACGAAUUGCUGGAGAAUGCCAAAACUAACUCUACCGCCCAUAAAGUGAGUGAACAGAGGAGGAAGCGGUUGCAGGAGCUGGAGCAGCAAAUGUCCGGUCUCAAGAAAAAACUCACAGAACAAGGCAAAAUUGUCAAGCUGAAAAGCCAGAGUGACAAACAAGUGACAAAACUCAACCUGGACAUACAGGGAUUGAAACAGCAGAGAGUGAAAUUGAUGAAGCAGAUGAAGGAAGAUGCUGAACAUUUCAGAAAGUGGAAACAGCAGAAGGAUAAAGAAGUAUUACAGUUGAUGCAGAAGGACCGAAAACGCCAGUGUGAAAUUGCCAAAUUGCAACAUGUGAAUGAGCGCCAGCAGACUGUCCUGAAGCGUAAGGCUGAGGAGGCAGCAGCUGCUAACAGAAGACUGAAGGAAGCCAUCGCUAAACACAAAGAUGUCAUGAAUGAGAGAUCAAAGAAACUAGAGAAAUAUGACAACUCAAACAUUGGUAACAGGGUUCGACAAUGGUUGAACCAUGAGUUAGAGGUGCGUGUCAGUGUAAGGGAGGCCAAGUAUCACCUAGACAGCUUACUGAAGGACCGUAAGACACUGACCGGUCAGCUCAGACACCUGGAGGAAAUGCUGGAUGAGGGCCCCACCAAGAAGCGCUGCCAGUCACUUUGUCACCACCAACCACACGGGCCAAACACAUAUGUUCAAAAUAGGAUGGCCUGGACUGGAAAAGGAGACUCAUUUGAAAAAAGUUUGGAAAUAGAAGAUAUCCAAAAACACAUAGAAACAUUAAAACAGGAGAUAGGACUAAGGAAUGCCCAGAUCACAGAUCUGCAGGACAAAAUAGUUGAUGCGGAGCAUGAACGCAAAGAAAAAGACACCUACAGUAAUAUUCACACAAUGGUCGAGGCUAAAUGUGCUAUGAAAUUCCUGCUUGAACAGGCAGUGGGUGCUCGUGCUGAUAUUGGUGUAGCCAAGGGAGAGCUGAAUGAUGUCAAGGACAACUACAACAACAUCUCCCAAGUGACCACAAAGUAUGAGGAGGACUUGAAACAGGCCAGGCAGCAGCAUGAGCGACAGAUGACAGAGAUGCAGACUAGAUACGAGAACAAGAUUCUGUUCUUGUUACGUCAAGCCAAGCCACAUGAAGAAGCAAAGGCCAAUAUAUCUCAGGAUGAGAAAACACGACAGCUGAUAGAGUUCCAGGGCAGAGAAAUUGAGAAGUUGAGUGAACUUCAUGACAAGCUUGAGAAAAAGACUGAGGAGUGUGAGAGACUGCAGAAAGAACUGUCAUUAGCGGCUUAUCAUGACAGGAGGGUGUCCUUCUUGCCCAACAUCACUUCCCCAGGGGGAUCCCCCUUUGUAGCUAUGAAGAAGGACCCAGAGAGCACACUGAACACCACUUUCUCCAUGGCUGAUAAGGACACGACUAUCAGUAAUGAGGAGGAGCAGAAAAGCUCCGUCAGAACUCGCCGGCAGACAAAGAAGAAACGUCAGGUAUUGUCCGCUGUACAACCUGAUGAAUUAAACAGUUCAGAAGAGUUUACAGAUUCGUCUUCCUUCAAAAAAUCGGCAGAUGACAGUGAAGAUUCUAUACUUGGUGGCAUCAAGAAAAGACGCAGAUUGCUGAAUCUUCACUCAGGCAGCUUCUUCAGUCCUCUGGUGGACUGAGCAGGUCUGCGAUUGACAAAAUUAACAGUUUUUCUUAUCAGGUCAGCUUUUAAGCAGGACAAGGAUCACCAUCACCGAACUAUGUCAGCUUU